AUGGAAACGAGUGGAAGAAGUCAGAAACAUUCUAGAACCACCCAAAAUUGAAUCAGUUAUGAAAAAACCACCAACUCCAAGCAAGUCUCCGUCAGCGAAGGAUAAACCAGCAGCGGCAUCUGGCCCGCCGUCGCGCUUACACCCCCAACCUGGCGACGCGUAUGCAGAGUUGGAGUGUAGUGUGGCCCAAGGAGGAGGUAUCAUGGCGGAACAAGACCACAGCCGCGCGCUGGAGUUCGAGGCGGCUCGCCGGCUCUGGGAUGCUAAAGAACCGGGUAGGAACCAGCGUGGAGCUCAAAUCAGAAAAGAAUUCCGUGAAGAGUUUUUAGAAGUACCGGUAAUACCAAGUGAAAAAUCUGUCGAAGAAGAAAAUUUAUUUUCUGAAUUUAUGGGUGAAGAGGCCGUUGAAUCGAAAAAAGAAGAAGAUGUUCCAGUCCGCCCUACCCCUGCAACGGAGAGUGGAAUGCUGGAAAUGUCAGUGGAAAUCGAAGAGGAGGCCAAGUUUUUAAAUCUACCUGAGGCACUGAAGGACAAAUUUGUGGCUUUACCAUUCAUACCAUUCUGCCUGAAAGCGAUAAUUGAAGAUGAAAAAGUAAUGAUAACACCAGAAAUGUCAGAAGCUGCGAAAGCCGAGAGGCUCCUACGUUUCGAAAAUGCCCUGAAUCGCAUGAGAGAAUUGCAGGAUCACAACAAGAUUCAUAUCCUUGGACAGCAUAGGAACCGGUGUAAUUUGCUGACAAAGCUGUUUGUUGAUGCGAGUUGGACACCGGAACUGCAUCAGGUCCUGGAAGAAAGAGACGACGCUAUUGCGCAAGAAGCACUAGUUUUAACUGAAAACGCACAAAAGAAGAAGACUGAUCAAAAGAAGAAAUAAUUUAAUCAUUUGUCCGAUUUUGUGGCUUAAUGGAUGAGUUACUCUUACUAUUAUACAAGUAAUAUCUAAUACAAUAUUAUGCAAUUUUAUAAUUACUUAUAGAGUUAUUGAGUCUAUUUCGUUAAUUGCAGCAUAAGUAUAAUGGGAUGGGAUGUCCGCUAUGCAUUUUAUUUUUAUUUUUAAGAAUCUCAUAUUUCUAUAAGUUAAUAUACGGAUAAUGGUCGAUAUUAUAAUUGGUAUUUGUAUUACAAAGUGGCGAAAUUAUUGUUUAACCACACACGUGCCGUGUGUGCACGUUGAUACCCGAGCAAGCGAAUGUUUCCAAAAUAUUUAUACUUAAUCGCAUGACGAACCAAAUGUAGUUGCUUUAUGUCAAGUCAUUAACGGUGGAAAAGAUUCCAAUCGGCUCAUAGGGACAUAAUAAUAUGAGAUUCAAAUCUAUGAGUAUUUUAAGCAAUUUAGUUUUCGUCCAUGGACCCAAAAAAAACCUUAUCACGUUUAAGUUUCAAAACAAGUUUUGAGUUUCUAAGAAGUGACAAA